AUGUCGUCUGUCAACCCCUUUGCACCGGUCACACCCCCACCGGAAAGCCACUCCUUUCCUAAACCUCCCACCCAAAGGCCUAUACAGAACAACCUUAAACGCAAAGCCUCGAUGCAAGAACCCUUCAGUGGCCUGGCAGGCCUCAACACUCCCACGAUGAUGGCCCCUCCACCUCCCCCGACUUCUCAGCCCAGGACCUCCUCAUCGCCAAAUCUUAGCUCUGGGCUAAACUCCUCCAACAGCACCCCUCAGUCUAGCGAGGCCACAACCCCUGAACUUCCCAAUAUCGCCGGCGCAAAUCUCGACCCCAAGUACCUCGCCAUGGUCUCCCGUAUCGCCGCCUACUACCAACAGAGGUGCCAAGCUGUAUCAAACUACCAGCAGCAGCGAUGCCAGGCUUGGGCCAACAUGCACAGGCAAAAGUGUCAAGAUAUGAUGCAAGCGUCUAUGUUGGUUGUCGCUUGGUAUGUGAGGGAUCGUAUUCAGCGUCGGCGAAGAAGAGAGAAGCGCCAUUUCAGAUCUGGCUUGAGACGUAGGACAGAUCAGAACAAGAUCGCACGAACUGAGGUCGUCCGCCGCUGGGUCAAACAGAUUCCCGAGGGCCCAGAAUCACCCAACAACCCCAUCAACUUUCAGCUUGCCGACCGUGAAGAGGCCGAGUUUUCCAUGGAUCGCGAGACGCAGCCAGACAAGGACACAAAACUGUUUGAGAUGGCAGAUAAUCUCAUCAGGAGCCAAUAUAAGAAGAUUGAGGUUCCCAUAAUGGGCGUGCUCAACUUUGAUGAGAGCGACAACGAAAGUGAGAGUGAUCUGGACGAGCCAGAGCAGUGCGAUGAGAUGGACGAAGCAGAAGAUCUUGCUGAGGACGAUGAGUACUACGAAGUAGAAGAUGACGAACUGUACGACGAUGAGGAUGAGAUUGAAUUCACCGGCGACGGCGUUUCAGAGGUGGUUCAUCAUGGCACUGGCACCGGUUCAGGCAGCCGGAACAACAACCAAAGCGAUAGCUCAUGA